UCAUGGUACAACUUUCAUUCAUCAACGAAACACAUUUAGACAUAUAUUCAAAUAUUGAAUUAAACUUUUAAAAAAUGGCCCAAACUUGUUCGAUUCUCUACAUUCCCUACAUGCUGCUUCUCUCGUCUCUGUUUGCCGCCGGAAUAGCCACAAUCACCGAGGGGGAACUGCUUUCCUCGAUGAUCGGAGUCCAAGGUCUCAUCUACUGCAAACGAGGAUCUAAGCUUACACCUAUCCAAGGUGCAGUGGCGAGAGUGACAUGUGAGAGAACUGAUGAAUAUGGUUACGAAGCGGAGGAUGUGACGGUGCUUAGCCAAGCGACGGAUGCAAAGGGUUAUUUCUUGGCGACGCUUUCUUCGUCGGAGGUGAAGGAUUAUAAGAAGGUGAUCAAGAUCAAAGAGUGCAGGGCGUUUCUUGAGCUUUCUCCAUCUGACACGUGUUCUUUUCCGACGGAGAUUAACCGUGGAAUCAGCGGAGCCAUUCUCCAAAACUAUCGUCUCCUAGAAAACAAGCUUAAGAUGAAGCUUUUCACCGUUGGCCCUUUCGUCUUCUCCUCUGAGGAAACUCAGGACAAGUCUAUCCCCAACGGCUACUAAAUUUAACAAUGUUUUUUUUUUUUCUUUUUCAGUUUCUAAUGCCCUAAUGGGUCAUAUUGGCCCAUAUAUCAUAAUAUAUUUAUGUAUUUAGUGGCUUUUUGAUUGCAUAACUCACACAUGCAACAAUUACUGAAAAUAUACUGAAUAUCUAUUAAUGCACGUGAUUUUUAACUUUUA